AUGUCAGGUCGGAGGCCCUACCGGCAAGUCAUAAAUGGUGUGCCCAGGUGUCUGGUGGCCAUACCAGAUAUCUUUCGGAAAGGCCUCUCUUUUCCAGCUGCCAAGGGGGACGUUGUGCAGAGCAGCUAUCCCAAAAGUGGCACCCACUGGGUUCAGUACCUCACGCAGCUUAUCCUGAACGGAGGACAACCAAUCAACUCCUACGACGAUUUCACCCGCAACCUUCGAGCGAUCGAGUACAUGGACACCGAAGGUUGGGUGUCGUCAAUGCCAGUCAGACUGUUCAUGACGCAUCUGCCGUUGAGUCGAGACAUAAUGAACGAGGAGGCUAAGUACGCCUACGUCGCCCGAAACCCGUGGGAUGUUUGUGUGUCGCAGUUCCGCGUGACCAAAGAUUUCAGCAUCGCGAAGUUCGAAGACGGAACCUUCGAAGCGUUCUUCGAACCUUUCAUCAAGGGCGAUUUGGGUUACGGGAGCUACUUCGACCACGUGGCGUCAGGUUACGCCUUCAAGGAUAAACAGAACGUGUUUUUCGUGACCUACGAAGAGCUCAAAAAGGACACUAAAGGCACAAUCUUGAGACUGGCUGGCUUUCUGGAAUUAUCAAAACCAGAGCACAUGAAAAAGGUUAUCGUGCUUAAUCUCAACGAGAAUGAGACUCAGGAAUGGAACGAGCUUUUUGACAACCGCAAAAUUACGAGCAAGGAAGGCUACGCUGGAGAAAAAUCAAAGUACGCUCUGGUCAAAGAAGCCAAGGGUGCUGUUUAUCCCCUACGCUACACCACGGAGCUGCAAAACCGCAGGCUUCCACUCGUCAUGACUGACGACGCCAACCCAUCGGCGCCAUCACCCCAGUUCGUCAACUGCCCUGGCCAUCCUAGGCUACGGGACCCGAUGGUUUUCAGCGGUGUGGAUGGGACCGACGUGGAAAACUGGCUUGAGAACUACGAAUUG